CUCCACCACCUCGGAGGAGACCGACGCAGAAUAACCCACCAUGAGGAAGUCCCUUGGGACCAGCUGGAUUUUACUGCUCCUGCUCUUGCUCCAAAUGGAUCCCUCCCUUUCCAAGAAGAAGCCUAAACCUGGUGGUGGCUGGGGUGCAGGGAGCCAUCGCCAGCCUGGUUACCCCCAGCAGCAUCCUCCAUACAGACCUCAUUAUCCACAAGGUGGCUACCCUCAACCCUACCCUGGCUAUGGGGGCGGCUAUGGGGGCGGCUAUGGAGGCAGCCAGUACAGCAAGCCCUGGAAGCCUAAACCACCGAAGCCCAAGAUGAAGCAUGUGGCGGGAGCAGCUGUUGCCGGAGCUGCGGCGGGCGCAGUGGGCGGCUACCUCUUAGGUAGAGCCAUGUCGAAUGCGCAUUUUGGCUUCAACAAUCCUUAUGAGGAGCGGUGGUGGUACGAAAACCGCAACCGCUAUUCCGACCAAGUUUACUACCCGAAGUAUGACCAGCCGGUUUCAAGGGAUGUCUUUGUGAGAGAUUGCACGAAUGUCACUGUGACCGAGUACAUUGAGCCCACUGGGAACAAAACAGCGGAUGACAUGGAGAGGAAGGUGGUGACCCAAGUGGUACACCAGAUGUGCACUGAGCAGUACAGGGCAAUCUCGGGCAUCGCUUCGCUCCUGGCCAACCCUUCUGUGGUCAUGAUGGUUACGCUGAUCUUAUGUUUCUUGAUACACUGAGUUGUUUCCCUGAAGCUUCCCUCGUGUUGAUCUAGGAAUGUGGAGAAGGGAUCUCUAUAAAGCCCACCAUUGGUGGGAGAAUAAA